AUGUCUCUCGCAACCGGCGUAGCUGCAUACGCAGGCUCAUAUACCGUACCUGCAAACACGAUAACGAACCCAGGGUCGGGAUCGGAGUACGAGAUUUGGGCCAUUAAUGAUGGAGACAUGCUUGCGCAGGUUACGGGGCUCAGCUUGAGCGCGACUCCAGCUGCUAGCGCUAGCGGUACCGCCACUGCAUCAGCAAGGUCUACGCAGCAAGAGGGGACAGAUACCGCGACGGGUGUUCCGACGGCGUCGAUUGAAUCAGUGGGUAUUACGACGCUUACAAUGUCUGGAACGGUGACGGGGAGUGAUGCCACCAAUUCCCCGGCAGUCAAUGGUACUAGUUCGCGUACUGCUAGCAGCUUUGUGACAAGCACGACGAGUCGCAGCGGGAGUGGGCCGUCCACCAGUGCCGCCGCAACCACGAGCGAGGGAAGUACCAAUACGGCGAAUGGCCAGAAACGACUGGGCGGUGGGGAACUCGUGCUGAGUGCGGCGGGUAUGUUAGCUGGCAUUGUUGCGCUUCUGGCAUAA